UGCGUCACUACUACUUGCACUGCGAUUGUCUUCACAAGGCAUCUGUCUCAAUCUCAUCGUCUUCGCAUAAACACUGGCGUUUGUACUUGCACACAACCUGUUGGACGGCACCACCUUUGCCUUCGGUCAUCAGCAUUACAAUCUCCAUCCGCCACUGCAACCAGCCAAAUUUCGACCUUCGCCACUCAGACUGUAGUUGCCCGUUCUGCGCAUGAUCCGUACUCUCUGCUGAGCUGCACGGUUCUCCGCUUUUCUAUACCACCACAUCCUCUCCUUCUGUUGACAGCCCGACUAGGCGCGAGGUACAGUCAUCAUGCUCGCGAGGCAACGACUGCUGCGUCGAUGUUCUGAGCGGGUUUGUCGAGCACCGACAUGCAACCAAUUGCAGGCAGGCACGUCCAGAAGCGUCUCGCUGGGAAUGGCCCAGAGCGCCCAAUCAUUUGUGACGCAGAGUCGUCGCAUUCACUCCAGUGCCGAAGCGUUGGCGCCACCUGCUGACGGUUCAGCUCAGGCAGGCUCGCAUCGUUCAUCGCAAUCGCAACCAUUCUUGGAUCUGAGACCCUUCGCCCAAAAGUCCACCACCCGCUUGCCCACUCCCCUUCCAGGCUACCUCAAUGACCGUUAUAACGCAGCACUCAGGCUCCGUGCCAAAGGAACUGCGGGGGGCGAUCCCGAGCUGGAUAGAGCGACGCUCAAGGCGCUCAGGGAGCACAAUCAGUAUUUCAUACCGAGCAGCAACUUGGAAAAUCUGGGCGUGCUGGAAGCGUGCAUCGCGUCCGGCUUGAUCGAACGAGGGGCGAAGCUGUUCGAGGAUAUGCGCAUCACGGACGAUGUCAAGUUGGAUGGCGAUGAUAGUCGCGGUCCAGCUCAGCGGUCUUCCACUCUGGACAUCGGCCUCUACAACACUAUGCUGAGCUCCUAUCUCGACAAGGCCUGCAAGGUAGACAGCCGCGAAGAGCAAUCUCGAUGGGCUUCGACCGCCCUCGCAUUGUUCACAGAUAUACACACCGGCUCGCGUGGCGCUCCUGCCCCAAACGCCGCUACGUAUGCCGCUACGCUGCACGGCUUUGCCUUGGUUGCUCGAGGAGGGCCACAAACGCGCAGACCGGAUGUGGUCGAGGUGCUGCGCUCUGCACGUAGCUCCAGGAUACCCCUGAGCGACAUCUUCAGUCCAGCCAUGUUUGCACAUGUGGCUCUCAACUGGAGCUCCACAGACUCUUUGACGCCUUCUGAUGCCAUCAAUGUCCUGGUUUCGAUCGCCAGCUCACACGGCGAGGAGAGCAUCGUUGAAGAGCUGCUUCAGCUCCGUGACCAGCUGGACGGCGAUGACAGUGGGCAACAUCUGGCAGAAGACGCUUCAAGACGCGAUCCCAAUCUCGAGGAGCUGGAACCAACGCGUUCUCCCUCGAAAGAUGCGGAGGGAGAUCAGAACGACAUUCUCUUCAACCUCCGUCUCCUAAAAGAAAAUCUGUCGGCAGUGAGCGAGGCCAGAGCCCGCCACUCGAGCGCACUCGCGCGCCAGAGGUGGCUCGAGGAAAGCGCUUUCGAAUCUGCGAGGAAGCGAUUGGAGCAUGCGGCACAACAAUUGGAAGAGCUGGGUCUGAGUCACACUUCCAAGCUAAAACAGCGAACGCUUCAAGCGUGGAUGUGGUCCUGGUACCAAGAACUCUCAAAGGUAAUCGAAGAAGACCUUACCCGUAUAGAGAAGAAUCUCAAGAAAUCGUCGACCAAGAGGGCACGGAGAAAGUCUGAGGGCGAGACUGCUCUCACAGAGGAAGACGUAGCUGCGAGAGCGCCUGAACGAGGGUUCAUCUCGUCGAACAGAGUCUCCGUUCCUAGCCUUGAGCUUACCAUGCUCCCCUUUCUGCGCACUCUACCGGUCAAGAAGCUGGCGCUGAUCCCCAUCCUGGAGAUCAUGCGCAUGCAAAGUGGCACGCAAGCCUUCGAUGGCAUGAAGACUACCCGCGUCUUGUUGUCCGUUGGUCGCGCCAUCGAGCACGAAUACUUCAGCGAGCGUCGUCAAAAGUACAAUCGAUUACGGCAGCGUCAUGGCGCCGAAGAUUAUAAACCUAUUUCGGAGGAUGCGUUGGCAGAGACACAGUGGUCGCAGCAGACGAGAGCACGCGUGGGCAGCUACUUGGUCCAGCAUCUGAUGCAGGUCGCUAAAGUGCCUCGCUCCGCUCGAGACAGGAAUGGUCGGCUGUGGGAAGAAAGUCAGCCUGCAUUCUAUGCGGCGUACCAGUACGUUGCUGGCAAAAAGCUCGGCGUCAUUCGACUAAACGAUGCGCUGCUGGAGAGGCUGGACAAGGACUCGAUCGCGGACAGCGUACAUCCCAGACAUCUUCCCAUGCUCGUGCCGCCACGGCCCUGGACGCAUCACAAUGAUGGAGGCUACCUCCACUCGCGCAGCUACGCAAUGCGUUUCAAAGACAGCGCCGAGCAAGCCGAGUAUUUCAGGGAGGCGGACGAGCGGCAAGAACUGAGCGUCCUGCUGGCAGGUUUGGACGCACUUGGUCAAACUGCGUGGCGCAUCAACGAGUCCAUCUUCGAAGCCGUGACUAAAGUUUGGAACUCUGGCGAGGCAAUUGCGGACAUUCCGCCCGCUGCACAUCCGCUUCCUGAGCCUGAGAAACCCGACAAUUACGACUCUACCGACAUGUCAGCCAAAAAGGAGUACAUUUGGAAGUUGAAGACUUGGAAUGCUCAGCGCUCCAACCUUCACUCCCAAAGAUGCGAUGUCAAUUACAAACUCGAAAUAGCCAGAGCCUUUAUUGGAGAGAGAUUCUACUUUCCCCACAACAUGGACUUCCGUGGUCGAGCAUACCCUAUACCACCGCUCUUUAAUCACAUCGGCAACGACUUGUGCCGUGGUCUGCUCCUAUUUGACAUCGCCAAGCCUCUUGGUAAGCAGGGCUUGCGCUGGCUGCGCAUUCAUUUAGCCAACGUUUACGGAUACGACAAGGCCAACUUCCUGGAGCGCGAGCAAUUUGCUCUCGAGCACGAGAAGGAGAUCCGCGCUGCGGCCAAUGAUCCGCUGAGCGAAGAAGGCAAAUGGUGGCGAAACGCCGACGAUCCCUGGCAGUGUUUGGCGGCGUGCAUCGAGCUUGUCAAAGCGUACGACAAUCCAGAUGGGCCCGAAGCGUUCGAAAGUCGUCUGCCCGUACAUCAAGACGGAACUUGCAAUGGACUGCAGCAUUACGCGGCGCUGGGUGGUGACCUGCAAGGAGCUCAGCAGGUCAACCUGUCCGGCGGUGAGCGGCCAUCUGACGUUUACACUGGUGUUGCGACCCUGGUCAUGAAGCAAAUCGACCGCGAUGCUGCCGAUCCCACAAGUCCUCAUCAACAUCUAGCUCAGAUGCUGCAGGGCAAGGUCACCCGCAAGGUGGUCAAGCAAACUGUGAUGACCACCGUAUACGGGGUCACCUUCAUCGGCGCAAAGAACCAGAUUCACAAGCAAUUGGCGGAUAGGAACGACACGCCGAUCUCCCAUCGAUAUGCCUGUGCAACUUAUCUGGCUUCAGGGGUGCUCGCAUGCAUUGGCGAUCUCUUCAAGGGCGCCGAGUCUAUUCAACACUGGCUGACACAGAGCGCCAAGUUGAUUGCUCGAAGCAUUCCACCCUACCGGGUCAAGUCCGCUGCGAUCGACCCCAAAGACGUCACUACGUCGAAGCGCCAAAUGAAGGAGCAAAUGACAGCGGUCAUUUGGUCAACGCCCCUCAACUUGCCGGUCGUCCAGCCGUACCGAAAGCUGGAAAAGAAGCAGGUGUCGACAUCGAUGCAAAGCGUCUUCAUCACCGAUCCCAACAGAGCUUCGGAAGUGCAUCCCGCCAAGCAAGCCAGCGCCUUCCCGCCAAACUUCAUUCAUUCUCUGGACGCCACACACAUGUUCCUCACUGCACUGGAGUGCUCCACGCGCGACCUGGUCUUUGCGAGCGUGCACGACUCUUACUGGACUCAUGCUUGCGACAUUGACACGAUGAGCGACAUUAUUCGCGAUACCUUUGUCAGAUUACAUUCCAGUGACAUUCUGCCAAAGCUGCGCGAAGAUUUCUUGUCUCGGUAUGCCGGCUACAUGGUGCCAAUUCAGGAUUACAGGCAACUGAUGAGGACCAAAGGCUCAAAAAGUCUGGGCGAGAGCCGUAAAAAAGACACAGUCUCUGCACUAGGGGUCACAGCGACCAGCAAGACUGCAGACGUCACUUCGGCCGUCUCAGAUGCCAUCGACACGACAGAUGCGGAGCUUGACGCUGAUGUUCCAGAAGAUGGAGCGGCAGACUCGGAAGUCGUCGAGAAAGCAGAGAGCGAUAGCGAGCUGGAGGAAUCGCAGCCCGAGACGAGCAGCGAGCAGUCGUCGGGCUUUUUGGCUCUUGCCGACAUCUUGCCUCCUCUGCCGCAAAAGGGUGCUUUUGACGUCAACGAAAUUAGGCGCUCCUUGUAUUUCUUCUCAUAAGCUGACAGCGGAUCUUGCAGCCACAUUGAUGUAAUCUAGAUUUUGCAAUCAAUCCGGCUCGAACGAUGCACUGAAGGCGCUCACUGCGAGGCACGACAAUGUUCAUACACGUGCUAGUUUGGAAG